AUGGGAUUCGAGGAGCUGCUACACAAGGUGGGAGGCUUUGGGCCCUUCCAGCUGCGGAAUGUGGCACUGCUGGCCCUGCCCCGUGUGCUGCUGCCCAUGCACUUCCUCCUGCCCAUCUUCCUGGCUGCUGUACCAGCCCACCGCUGUGCCCUGCCUGGAGUCCCUGCCAACUUCAGUCACCAGGACGAGUGGCUGGAGGCCCACCUGCCCCGGGAGCCUGAUGGCAGGCUCAGCUCCUGCCUCCUCUUCACCCAUCUCCAGGCCCUCCCCAACACCACGCUGUGGGGAGGGGGGCAGAGCCCUGGGGAGCAGCUGGAGGGUGAGCCCUCCACAGUGCCCUGCCCUCAGGGCUGGGAGUACGACCACUCGGAAUUCUCCUCCACCAUUGCAACUGAGGCCCCUCCCUGCCUGUCCCUGCAGUGGGACCUGGUGUGUGAGCAGAAAGGCCUGAACAGAGCCACUUCCACCUUCUUCUUCGCCGGUGUGCUGGUGGGGGCCGUGGCCUUCGGAUACCUGUCUGACAGGUUUGGGCGGCGCCGUCUGCUGCUCGUGGCCUAUGUGAGUUCCCUGGUGCUGGGCCUGGCAUCUGCAGCCUCAGUCAGCUAUACCAUGUUUGCCAUCACUCGCACCCUCACUGGCACGGCUCUGGCUGGCUUCACCAUCAUCGUGAUGCCACUGGAGCUGGAGUGGCUGGACGUGGGACACCGUACUGUGGCAGGUGUCCUGAGCAGCACCUUCUGGACAGGGGGUGUGAUGCUGUUGGCACUGGUCGGCUACCUGAUACGGGACUGGCGAUGGCUUCUGCUGGCUGUCACCCUGCCUUGUGCCCCAGGCAUCCUCAGCAUCUGGUGGGUGCCUGAGUCUGCACGCUGGCUUCUGACCCAGGGCCGUGUGGAAGAGGCCCACAGGUACCUGCUCCGCUGUGCCAGGCUCAAUGGGCGGCCUCUGGGUGAGGACGGCCUGAGCCAGGAGGCUCUGAGCAAAGUGGCUGCUGCGGAGCGGGUGGUCCGAACACCCUCAUACCUAGACCUGUUCCGGACUCCAAGGCUGCGACACAUCUCAUUGUGCUGCAUGGUGGUGUGGUUUGGCGUGAACUUUUCCUAUUACGGCGUGAGCCUGGAUGUGUCGGGACUGGGGCUGAACGUGUACCAGACGCAGCUGCUCUUCGGGGCCGUGGAGCUGCCCUCCAAGCUGCUGGUCUACCUGUCGGUGCGCCACGCUGGACGCCGCCUCACGCUGGCAGGAACGCUGCUCGGCGCCGCCCUCGCCUUGGGCUUCAGGCUGUUGGUGUCCUCCGAGGUGAAGUCCUGGAGCACCGCCCUGGCGGUGAUGGGGAAAGGUUUUUCUGAAGCUGCCUUCACCACUGCCUACCUUUUCACGUCGGAGUUGUACCCUACCGUGCUCAGACAGACAGGGAUGGGGCUGACUGCACUGGUGGGCCGACUGGGGGGCUCUUUGGCCCCACUGGCAGCCUUGCUGGACGGAGUAUGGCUGUCACUGCCCAAGCUCGCUUAUGGGGGGAUCGCCCUGCUGGCUGCCUGCACUGCCCUCCUGCUACCAGAGACAAAGCAGGCACAACUACCAGAGACCAUCCAAGACGUGGAGAGGAAGAGUGCCCCAUCCAACCCUCAGGAGGAAGAGAUGCCCAUGAAGCAGGUCCAGGACUGA